UUUUUCCGCGCGCGCACACACACUGCUUCUGAUGAAGUCUGUGAGUCAGGCUGUUUCUGAGCUCCGAUAGUUUAAUGGAAAGAUUUAUAUACCGGCUGUAUUAUUUACUUUGGGAGGGGAGGUGGCAGUAUAAGGGUAUGCUAAUUAGUAGGAGAUUUUGGGGGGAAGGGGUGGAAUAUCAAUUUUUAUUGCAUCACCUGUCAGGAGUGUCCAAUCAGCGUUGGCUUUAGGGGAAUUAAUUGAUGAAGGUGUCUCCGGACGAGCUCACUUCACUCUGUCAUUUUAUUUGUAGCUAAAGCAGCGGCGGGAAUAGCAGCUGCAUUUCUUUUCUCUUUCUCCCUUCACAUUCCAUUAUCAUAGUGCUCCAAUGGAGAAGGAAGGAGUAGAGGGGCCCAGGUACUGAUGCGCAUCGAGGACUCAGACCAACACACUGGCAGAGCUGAAACCGGAUGGGUUUUUUUCCCUCUUUUUAAAAAAAAAAAAUCGAAAACCAAAAAAAAAAAAAAAAAAAAAAAAAAAAAAAAGCAAGAAUCAAGUCAGUGUAAUUUCAUGGGGUUUUUCUCGCGCCCCCGCCCCCAAUAAUUCGCCUAGAGUUUGGCACUCCCUUCGCCGGGAAUAACAGUCUUUGUUAUUUUAUUAGCAGGAUGCCUUGAGACACACGCAGCAUCUGGCGGAGGAUUAACAUACAUACAUGUGUAUGUAUGCGUCACGUAUAUAUUUACUGCAAAUGGUGGGGAUCAUUUAGUACCCGAGAUGGGAGACCUGAAGUCAGGUUUCGAAGAGGUGGAUGGCGUGAGGCUCGGCUACCUCAUCAUUAAAGGAAAGCAAAUGUUUGCUCUCUCCCAAGUCUUCACAGAUCUGCUGAAAAACAUCCCGAGGACGACCGUGCACAAGCGCAUGGAUCAUCUGAAAGUGAAAAAGCACCACUGCGAUCUGGAGGAGUUGCGGAAACUCAAAGCAAUCAACAGUAUCGCCUUCCACGCGGCCAAAUGCACGCUCAUCUCCCGGGAAGACGUAGAAGCGCUCUACACCUCCUGCAAAACCGAGCGUGUGCUCAAGACCAAGCGCAGGAGGGUCGGUCGGGCCCUGGCCACAAAGGCGCCGCCGCCAGAGCGCGCCGCCGCCGCCAGCCCCCGCCCGGCUUUUUGGAAGGACAAGCACCAACUUUGGCGGGGCCUGAGCGGAGCCGCGCGGCCCCUGCCAAUCAGCGCGCAGUCCCAGCGUCCGGGCGCCGCCGCCGCGCGCCCCGCCGCCCAUCUACCUCAGAUUUUUAGCAAAUACCCAGGCUCGCACUACCCGGAGAUCGUUCGCUCGCCUUGCAAACCCCCUUUAAACUAUGAAACUGCCCCGCUCCAGGGAAACUACGUCGCCUUCCAUUCGGACCCCGCUUAUUUUCGGAGCCUGCUGUGCAGCAAGCACCCGGCCGCCGCCGCCGCCGCUGCUGCUGCCGCCGCCGCCGCCGCCGCUGCCGCAGCCGCCGCCUACUACCAGGCGGCUGGGCCCCAGCCCAAGGCGGCGACCGGCGCGGGAGGCCCGGUGAGCCUGACCUACCGCUGCAAGCGUAAGCGCGGGGGCACCAAGAACUGCCUGCUCGCGCCCCACGCCGGCGGCCGGCGCCUGCUGCUCCUGCCUAGGUCCUACAAAGCCAAGGCGGCGGCGGCGGCGGCGGCGGCGGCGGCGGCGGCGGCGGCAGCGGCCGCCGGGGCCACUUGCUUGGAGAGGUUUCAUCUGGUCAACAGCUUCUGCCCGCCUCCCCACCACCACCACCAUCACCACCACCACCAUCACCAUCACCACCACCAUCGGGCCCAGCAGCCAACGCCGAGUCACCACCACAGAUCGCAGCCCCAUCUCGGAAGCUUUCCCGAGAGUUGUAGCAGCGACUCGGAAUCCAGCUCCUACUCGGACCAUGCAGCCAACGACUCGGAUUUUGGCUCCAGUUUGUCCAGCUCCAGCAACUCGGUGUCCUCAGAGGAAGAGGAGGAGGAAGGAGAGGAGGAGGAGGAAGAGGAGGAGGAAGAGGGGGGCAGUGGGGCCUCCGAUUCCAGUGAAAUCAGCUCGGAGGAGGAGGACUCCUCCACCGAGUCAGACUCCAGCUCAGGCUCCAGUCAAGUGUCAGUGCAGAGCAUCCGUUUCAGGCGCACCAGCUUCUGCAAGCCUCCCAGCGUGCAGGCGCAGGCCAGCUUCUUGUACCAUCUGGCCUCCGCCGCCGCUGCAACCAAACCCGCUGCUUUCGAGGAUGCCGGCCGACUUCCCGACCUCAAGAGUAGUGUCAAAGCCGAGUCGCCAGAGGAGUGGAAUCUGCAGAGCUGGACUCCCAAAGGGGCUCCGGUGUACUGCCCGGCCAGCAUGGGGAGUUGUUUCCCAGAGAUAAGAAACGAUAGGGUAUCUGAGAUUACAUUCCCACACUCUGAAAUUUCCAGUACUGUAAAGAGAACUGACCUGACAAUUAACUGCCUGGCAGAGGGGGCCUCUUCACCUAGCCCAAAGACAAACAAUGUAUUUCCACAACAAAGAAUACUCCGAGAGGCUAGGAAAUGCCUGCAAGCAAGUCCUACUACACACUGUGCAGAAAACAGCACAAUAGCUGCUAGGUUCUUAAAUAAUGAGCCUUGUGGAACAGCAGCAAAUUCAGGAAAAGAUUCCAAAAUCCCUCAUUGUCCUGAAUUUGCUACGGAUUUGCCCUCCUCUCAGACUGAUCCCGAAGUGGAUGCAGCAGCAGCAGCAACAACUAAAGCUGAGAAUCUCUGCACAGACACGGGCGACAAGACAUUGCCAUUUCUGCACAAUAUUAAAAUCAAGGUGGAAGACAGUAGUGCUAAUGAAGACUAUGAACCUGAUCUUAUUAUCCAUAAGCUAAAGUGCGAGUGCAGUGAUACAAAGGGUGAGUUUUACAGUGUGACUGAGAAGAAAGAGGAGGACGUCUUGUUACCCACAGCCAAGGAAGGUUUUGCAUGUCUUGAGAAAGAAAGUCCUUCCUUAAAUCCACUGGCUCGGAGUCAGGGCCUUUCAUGCACUUUAGGAUCUCCAAAACCUGAGGAUGGGGAAUAUAAAUUUGGUGCCAGGGUGAGAAAAAAUUACCGGACACUAGUACUGGGCAAACGACCAGUCCUUCAGACACCUCCAGUCAAACCAAAUUUGAAAUCAGCUAGAAGCCCUCGUCCUACAGGUAAAACUGAGACACAUGAAGGAACACUGGAUGACUUUACAGUUUUAAACAGACGCAAAAAGGUAGCCAGCAAUGUAGCAUCAGCAGUGAAAAGGCCAUUUAAUUUCAUGGCAAAUUUUCCUUGUCCACCAUCACUCAUUAUUGGGAAGGAUGGGGAUUUGUGGCCAGCAUACUCCUUAAACACUACUAAGGACUCCCAACCUCCUCACAAGGCCCAUCCUAUAUGGAAAUGGCAGCUGGGCGGUUCUGCAAUACCUCUUCCACCUAGUCACAAAUUCAGGAAAUUUAAUUCAUAAGAUGUUUUGGAAGAUAUUUUCUUGAACCAUAUUACCUUCCUUUUGUUGUAAACUGCACAGGAUGGCUUGUACAAGUCCAUUAAUGGUGUUACACCCCCUUUGGAGUCCUGGUUUAUCGCAUUUUGAAGACAGAAAUCGGAUUACUUUUUUUUUUUUUUCCCAUUGCCGUUUUUU